UAAAUGUAUACAAAUAAUGGCUUUGAAUCAAAUUUGUAGACUGUGCUUAGGUCAUGGCAAAUUAAUUUCGAUAUUCAGUGAACACAAUUCAGAACAGAUCAGUUCAAAAAUAAUGUCUUGUGCAGAAGUACAAAUAUUAGAAAACGACAAUUUGCCUUCAAGUAUUUGUCUCAAAUGCAUUAAACGCUUAGAUAGUAGUUAUAAAUUCAAACUUCAAUGCGAAGAGUCUGAUAAAAAAUUAAGGAAUGAUUUUCUUGUCCAGUUUGCUAAUGUAAAGCCUGAUAUUUCAAUUGAAUCAAAUGAUAUCAAUGGUAUUGUUAAAGACGAUAUUACCAUUGCAAAUGAUGAUUCUUGCCAUAAUAGUGAACCAGAGUAUAUAAAAACUCCAAGAGAUAAAGCUGAUAAUAAUAAGUUUCCUGAACAAUUACAAGAUGAGUCAAGUCCUAUACUUAGGAAAAGAAAAAGUGUUGAUACUCCGGUUAAAACAAAGAGUUCAAGUGAAGAUAUUGAAAAAAGUUCUAAGGUUAAUAAAACUCGUGGUCGCAAAAAAGUUUUAGAUGAAUCAUUAUUGAAUGUUGAUGACACAAUUUUGGAAAAGAAAUUUUUAGAAUCUAAAAUGUUAGAAGAUAUAAAAAAAAGAGAAAUAAAAGCUCAAAAACGUAAGGAGAAAAAAGAUCGGGAGAAGGCUUUAAAGUCUGAUAUUUCUGAUGCUGCAAAUGGUAAUGAAUCAAAAAUCAAAUCUAAAGGUAAAACAAAGAUCCAAAUACUGCAGGAAGAAAAAGAAAAAAGAUUGUUAUUGAGAAAAAGUAAACUUAAUUUGAAUAAUGUUAGUUUAUGUGGAAAUAAUCAGUGUUAUACCUGUGGAAAAAUAGUUUCAUCUAGAUUCCGCCUAAAAAUGCAUAUGCGCACACACACUGGAGAACGUCCUUAUUCUUGUUCAUAUUGCUCUAAAACGUUUGCUUUAGCUCAAAAUCUAAAAGUUCAUGAACGAACUCAUACAGGCGAAAAACCCUUAUUGUGUGUGAUAUGUGGAAAGCGGUUUGCUCAAAGUGCAGGCCUUGUUGCCCACACAAGAUUGCAUACUGGAGAAACCCCUUAUCGCUGUGAUAUUUGCCCAUCCUCUUUCAGAACACCUGGACAUUUGCAAUAUCAUAUCAGACAACACACUGGGGAGAAGAAUUUUGAAUGUAGCAUUUGCAAUAGAGCAUUUAUAACCAAAGGAGAUUUAACUCAACACCAAAGGACGCAUACUGGAGAACGGCCAUAUGUUUGCACAGUUUGCGGGUUGAGGAUGUCAAGGUCCUCCCAUCUUACACGUCAUAUGCUGACUCACACAGGAGAGAAGCCUCAUAAGUGCCACAUUUGCAGUACUGCCUAUGCACAAAAAGGCGAUUUAGUUCGACACAUCAAGAAACAUGGUACCUCUUCAGAACUUGUUGAUAACAAAAAUUUAUUACCCAAUACUUUUGUGGAAAAUCAGCAAUCUCACAUUCAAACUACAAGUGAGAUAGCUCCAUCAACUCAAACAUUACAAGAAAAUUGUACUUCAAUUACAAUGACUAAUAGUACCAUCACAAAUAACACAGUUUUGUCGAUGGAUCAAAAUAGACUAAUUACAAUACCUGUUAUUGUACAAACUGCUGAAAAUUCUGAUAUACAGCAGAACUCAUCAGUAAUGGUUGAAAGGGUCGUAGAAUCAAGGAAUGUUCUUGAUAAUAGAAAUCAGAUUCCUCCAAUAGACACUCGAACUUUGGGACUGAGCUUAGGAUUGGGUUUGUUGCACACACACCAUACACUUUGUUAGGGCAUUGUGCAAAACUUAUAUACGGAAUUAUAUAGUUAUUGACUGCCCAAGCUAUCAAAAUUAUUUAUUAUUGUGGACAUAGAGUUUAUGAAGCAUUUGCCUAUUUAUUAGAGCUCUGAAUGCAAAUAUAUUCAUAUUUUGUAAAACACGACUUCAUUUUUUUGGAUAUAU